AUGCCUCGCCCAACGCGCACUCGCACGCCGUCCAAAGCGGGCCUCGAGAGCAAGCGCUUCACCGAGCAGGUCGAGGCACUGAUCCUGUCCGAGGGCGAAGACGGCAUGAGCGUUGACACGUGCGACGACGGACACUCGUCCGACAAUGGCGCCGAGCACGACGUCGACGUGUCCAGCGAUGAUGAUGACGACGACAAUAUCGACGAGGAUCAACGUGUCACGGCAAAGGCAGCCACUCCCUCCAAGGGCAAAGCUGGCUCGAAAGCCGCGGUCCAGCCCAGGUCUUCCAAGCCCACCUCUCCCGCCAAGACCGUAAAGGCCAAGGACGCGUCGCGGUGCUCCUCUACCGCCUCGACGUCUGCUGCUGCCGCCUUCCGGGCCAGCCUGUUUUCGACGCCCAAGAAGCGCCCGAUUCCCGAGUUCGACAGCGACGGCGAAAUAGCUUCUCUGCCGCCCACGCCCAGCCCCUCACCCAAGAAGCAGCGGCACAAGGGCGCCCUCCGAGCGGCCAGCCCGGGCGAGCCGGGCGUGGGCGUGGGCGCAUUCAUUCUCCUCGACGCACCUACCAGCACGGAUCCAGACGGAAGGAACGGCCGCUGCGAAGCUUCGCUGUCGGUUCUUUCGCCCGUCCAGCAUGGACUCACUGAUGACGAGGACAACAUCUUCCACUCCACGCCCACCGCCUCCAGGAAGGCAGAGGAAAGGACGUCCGAUGGCGAGGCGCGCGACAACAACGGAGACCCUGCUCCUCCUACCUCGCCCAGUCCCGUCGCGAGGGCCGGCGACCCGAUCAAGAAGACGAAGUCAGCAGCUGGCUCGCCUCGCAAGCGUCGUCCUGCUAGCCCAAAGAAAUCGUCAGCCAAGGAGUCGACCGCCGCUGAGGAUAGGACAGGAACUUCCACAACCGCGAGCGAGGAUGAGGCAGUGGACGUCAAGGAGGCCUCCGUGAGCAAGUCUGCCAGUGCAACACCAACGAAGGCGAUCAAGCGGAAGCCGCAGCCGCCCAAGGCGUGGUCCGAGGAGGAGUACGCCCUCUAUCUCUCCUCAGGCAUCGACUUCAAGAUCAACUACGCCGCUGCCCAGGCCGCCCUCGAGGCGCUGUGGAUUCGCUGGGAGUCCGAGGGCCGGACCGACUUCCAGCGAAAGGACGCCAAGGCGAUCCGGAACAAGGCCGCGCCCAUCAAGCAGGACUUUCUGGACAUGCCGAAGCGGCUCCUGGGAAAGGCGAGGGGUGCUUCCACCGGUUAGCGCUCCUCUUCCUCCUCCUCUCGAGCAGGUUCCCACCGCCGUGUGACACCACUCAGACACUAUCUACUUUUCUG